CGUUGCCACCCAUCUGCACUUUUGCAGCUCUGCUUCUAUUAUUUGAAAAACUGCCCUACGCGUUUUCGACGCUAUAAACAAAUAAGCAAAUAAGACGCAAUUCGAUGCAAAAUAAACCAUGCAGGAGUACCCCAACGAGAGUCCCGUGGGUCUAACCAUCAGCCAGGAAGCCAUCACCAAGCGCCUGGCCGCGCUGAAUCGAUGGCAGGACGAGCAGAGGAGACUCUUGGCGGAGCGUCAGAACAAUCAACGCAUUUUGUUGGGCUUGGAACAGCGCAAUAUGUACAAAAUGCUGGGACUACUGCAUAAGGAUGCGGAUAGUCUGGAGAACAGCGCCCUGGAGAAAGAGGAGGUGGAGGAACCUUCCAUUCAAAUGCCGAGACUAAUGGAGCACCCUGAAGAUGAAAUGAAUGAUGUGGAAAGAACCAGUCCUCGGGUGGCUAAACCGAAGCGGCCGUUUCUGCGGCGGGGAGAGGGUCUUAAGCAGCGGUUUAAAAUCAAUCCGGAUGAGUUGAGAUUGGACAAUCUGCCACGCUACAAAUACGCCAACGCACAUCCUCAAUAUCGAAUGCCGCCUCCGAAAAAAAAAGUUCAGAAAACGCGCAAGGAAGUUGUUCCUGUGCCUGCUGCCGCACCUGUCCCUGCCAAAGUUCCUGCAUCUACUCCUAAAACCCAACCCCAACUCGACCUCAAUGAACAGCGCUUCCAGCAGGUUCUCAUCAGCUCCAAUAACGUUUUCAGCUCGACGCCGGAUCUUAAGUCUUCCCACAUAUCUUCCACCACAGCGUCUAGUAUUUCCCCGAAAGUACGUUUUACAGAAAACCGGAACAAAGCAGGGCUAGCCGACGACGAAGCUUCUUCGGAGGCAAGUCCGUUAACAGGUGUUUGCUGGGCCCAGGUGCUGGAUACUCAAAGAAUUAAGCCAGUGCCCCUCAUCCAACGGCGUUCAGCCCAAAUCCGGGUAGAGGACGAUAGCAAUGUCAGUAUCUUUGAGUUACUGGAGCAAAAGGCCAGUGAGGGUAACUUCGAUAUGAAUUCCAGCUGCAUACGUGCCUUUAUGGCACGCAAGGAACAGCGUCGUAACCUCGCAGAUGACUCUGAUCAGAUUGUGGUCACGCAGCAAGUAAGGCAGAUGCGACUGCAGCCGGAGGUCGGGGAAGUAAUUGUUCAAGAAAUUCAGGAGGAAAAUAAGGAGGAAAACGAUGAAGAGUUGGAGGACGAAGAGUCCACAGAUCAGACCAUGACCAUGACCCCAAUUCAGGUGGGCAAAGCCCAAGUGCGAGUACGUUUUUCGGACUCCAAUGACACCCACGAAUACUCCGAUGCCUCAACACUUAACGAUGGCUCCAACAUCCAUCUCUUCGAGCAGUUUAAAUCCGCUCUAUUUCAGGCUCUGGAGCAGAAAAAGAAGGGAGCUGCAGGCAGCCAGCCGGUGCAGGAACCUCUCACCCAAGAUCUUCAAGAAAAAGCGAACCUUGUACGCACGCGUCUCGAAGAACUGGAGGCUGAGGUUGCCACUUUCAAGGAGAAGAAUGUUGAGCUUCUGCGUCUCAAGCAGCAGCACGAGCUGGAGAAGGCCAGGGUCGCCCAGGAACAUCAGGAGGCAAUGGAACGGGUCCACGAUGAAAAAAUUCAAGCGGAGAUCUACCUCCACGACGAGCGAAUGAAGAUUGAGGAGGAGCGUCGGAAGUUUGAACAGCAGAUGCGACUUCAAAAGAGCAAUGCCAACACCAAAGAGAAGAAAGAAAUAGCCGCUCUUAAGCAAGAAGUGGAGACGCUUCAACUGCAACUCAAGCAAAAGGAACAGGCUCAUGUUUCUGCCCAAGCUAGACUGCGAGCUCAACUGCGAGCCAGCGAAAAGGAGCAGCGCAACUACCGCGACGAGAUCGAACUGCUGGGCAGGGAAAACAAGCGCUUGGAACAGGAACUGAUAAAAAUCGGUCGCGAAAACAAUAGCAAAAUGCUGAAGGAGAUUAACAGGAAUAUUGCCCGACUGGCUCCCAAAGUGUUACCUUCAGUUUCCGCUGCCCAACCUAUGGAUGAAAAUGGACGUCGUACUCAGUCUUUGGAUGGAAAUGCUUCGACAGUUCAAGGGAAGCAACGGAAGUCCUCUGGUCGCCGCCAGAGUAGCGGCAGUGCUCAGGCGCGAAGUCGAAGCCGCUCUCUAGGCAGAGCCAAAAAGAAGCCAGAGGCGCUAGAAGAGAGUUACGCUUCUAGUAGCAGUUCUGUUGAGGUCGAAGAAGUCGAAGCUCCACCGGCGCCAGUUAAUCCUCCUGCGGCUGCCAACUCCAGUACCGACUUUAAGCGUGAAAUUGUGAAUGCUGACGGGAGCAAGGACAUUUGGUAUCCCAACGGGAAUCUUAAAAAGAUGAGCGCCGAUGGCAUGAAUGUUCGUAUGCUUUACUUUAACAAGGACAUCAAGGAAACGGAUAUAAGAGAGGGCACUGUGAAGUACUAUUACGCCGAAACAAAUACCUGGCAUACCACAUACCUCGAUGGUCUGGAGAUAUUGGAGUUCCCCAACGGGCAGACCGAACACCGUCGUAAGGACGGAACCGUUGAAAUUCAUUUCCCCAACAAUAGCAUCAAAGUGGUGGAUCCCAGCGAUGCUGAAAAGCUGGAGGAAUGGCGCUAUGCGGAUGGAACUCAUUUGGUGCAAUUGCGAAAUGGCGACAAGAUUCUAAAUCUGCCCAAUGGCCAAAAGGAGAUUCAUACGAAACUGAACAAGAGGAGGGAGUACCCUGAUGGAACUGUCAAGUUGGUUUAUCCGGAUGGCAGCCAGGAGACGCGCUACUCCAAUGGACGAGUGCGCCUGAAAGACAAAGAUGGUAAACUCAUCAUGGACACUGACUAUGCCAAGUAUUAGAAUAAGAGGGUAUCCCAUUUUUAUCAUUAAAUAUAGUUUUUAAUUUAUAAAAUGUUUUUUGUUUUACUUAUUUAACGAAUCAUUAAACAGCUAUAAUAUAUA